UGAGCCAGCCCCCUUUAGCACUCGAAUGUUUACUUGCUUUGUCAGCUGUGUCCUCGACACCUCGCAUCUAGUCUGCAUAAUCUACCUCACAUUUGAUCAGAACCUCGGACUUUAAACCAGAACAGCCAUAUAUCAGGCCGCCAGGGUUCCUUAUCAUCCCUUCCCAGCUGCAACACCUGAGAUCAGCCUCUUGAACCUUGAACAAGGAAACAUCACGUUCACUUUCUUGCUAACCAGUAAAUAUGACAUUAAAAUCCAAUAAAAACGAACCCGCUGUCAUCCUUGAGCGGGUCAACAGCGCUCGAACAGCCCUCUCCGACCUGUACCUGGAACAGCUGAUUCAAAACAAACCAAAGCCGGAAAAGGGGGCAAUGCCAGCCAUUGAUACAAAAGGAGUAGAGGUGUGCGUCAACGGCAGUACUGGGCACAUGAACGGAACCGAGGCGACCAGGAUGCGGGAGGUGGCAUUUGAAAAAAGUCCCUCAGAACCCAUGGGAGUGACUCUGAAAUUGAAUGGAAAACAGAAGUGCACUGUGGCCAGAAUAUUACAUGGGGGCAUGAUUCACCGGCAAGGUUCUUUACACGAAGGUGAUGAAAUAGCAGAGAUCAAUGGAAAAAGUGUUGCCAACCACUCUGUUGACCAGCUUCAGAAGAUCCUGAAAGAUACCAGCGGAGUGGUCACACUGAAAAUCAUCCCCAACCAGCCACGGUGUUCUCUUGCGUGUGAGAUGUACAUGAGGGCUCAGUUUGACUACGACCCUACCAAUGAUGACCUCAUCCCAUGCAAAGAGGCGGGGCUGAAGUUCAGAACGGGCGACAUCAUUCAGAUUAUUAACAAGCAGGAUCCAAACUGGUGGCAAGGAAGGGUGGAGAGCUCUACCGCUGACUUCGCUGGACUCAUCCCUUCCCCAGAACUUCAAGAAUGGCGGUUGGCCAGUAAAAGCAAGGCAGCAGCGGUCACCCAGUCCUGCAGCCCAUUUGGAAAGAAGAAGAAGUGCAAAGACAAGUAUCUGGCCAAGCACAGCUCAAUCUUUGACCAGUUGGACGUGAUUUCCUAUGAAGAGGUUGUACGGCUUCCAGCGUUCAGCAGGAAAACCUUGGUGCUAAUCGGGGCACCGGGUGUGGGAAGGAGUCAUAUCAAAAGCUCUUUGCUGACUAAAUACCCAGAGAAGUUUGCUUACCCUGCACCACACACUGACAGACCCCCUCGUAAGGACGAAGAGAACGGGCAGCAAUACUACUUCAUCUCCAACGAGGCCAUGACAAAGUGUAUAACUGGGAAUGAGCUCCUUGAGUACGGCAGCUACCAGGGGUACAUGUUUGGAACCAAAAUAGAGACCAUCCAGAAGAUCCAUGAGCAAGGAAAAAUUGCACUGUUGGAUGUUGAGCCUCAGACCUUGAAAGUCUUGCGGACAGCAGACUUCGCACCCCUUGUGGUUUUUAUUGCACCCACCAACUCAGCAUCCCAGUCAGAAGCUGUGCAGUUGAUCCAGAAGGAGUCAGAUGCCAUCCUGUCCACCUACAGCCACUUCUUUGAUGUGGUGCUGGUUAACAACGAUGUUGAUGAGAGCGUGAAAGGAGUGGAGGCAGCAAUUGAGCUAGCAACUUCCACCCCACAGUGGGUGCCCAUCUCCUGGGUCUACUGACCUAUCUACCCCGUAUGGAAGUUGUUUGGCUGGUGCACUCUUAGCCCCACACAUUACUGAUGCUCUGGUUUGGGGAGCAGCCAAUCACCAUGGUUAUUGUAUUGUUCUGCACAAGAGCAUUUGCAAAAAUGCAGUAGAGGAAGACACUUAUUUUAGGAAGUAUGCGUGCCACCAAGCGACAUUUUCAAUUUAAAAUCAUGUUUCUGACUCAAGUAGUGAUUGAUGGCUACAGCUGCUGAGGAUUUGCAAUGCAGAGGACCACUACUGUGAACGUACCACUUUACCUAACAGGGUUUCAUUGUAACCGGGGUGCCAUGACAUUACAUACAUAGCUUACACAGUGACGUGUCAAAAACAGGGAAUACAAAUUCUACAACCAGUUGUCCUGUCUCAUCUUCAGUACAUCAACUCACAUGUAUACCUCAUGUCGAAAUGUGAAGCACUUUGAAACUGAUUAAAAUGUCCACCCUAUUUUA